ACACUGAUUAAACUUAAUUUGUUUCAGAUAAAUGCAAGUGAAAUUCAAAGAUUUUCAGAUUUUCCAUUGUCAAAGAAAACUCUAAAAGGAUUGCAGGAAGCUCAGUAUCGUGUGGUAACGGAGAUACAGAGACAAACCAUAGGUUUGGCUUUGCAAGGUAAAGAUGUACUAGGAGCUGCAAAGACUGGAUCAGGCAAAACCUUGGCUUUUAUUAUCCCAGCUUUGGAACUCCUGUAUCGCCAUCAGUGGACUUCAGCUGAUGGACUGGGAGUUUUGAUAAUAUCGCCUACCCGGGAACUGGCAUAUCAAACCUUCAAGGUUCUGCGUAAAGUGGGAAAGAAUCAUGAGUUCUCAGCUGGCCUUAUCAUUGGAGGAAAGGAUCUGAAAGAAGAGUCUGAAAGAAUCCACCAAAUAAAUAUGCUAAUUUGCACUCCAGGACGGCUUCUACAGCACAUGGAUGAAACUUCAUAUUUCUAUGCAUCUGAUCUGCAAAUGCUGAUUCUUGAUGAAGCUGACAGAAUUCUAGAUAUGGGGUUUGCUGAUACAAUGAAUGCAAUCAUAGAGAAUCUACCUAAGAAACGCCAGACCUUGCUUUUUUCUGCAACACAAACAAAAUCAGUGAAGGAUCUUGCACGGCUGAGUCUGAAAGAUCCGGAAUAUGUUUGGGUUCAUGAGAAAGCCAAAUUCAGCACCCCAGCAACUUUGGAUCAGAACUAUGUUGUUUGUGAGCUUCAGCAAAAAGUAAAUAUGUUAUACUCUUUCCUGAGAAGUCACUUGAAGAAGAAGAGCAUUGUAUUUUUUGCAAGCUGUAAAGAGGUCCAGUAUCUAUUCAGAGUGUUCUGUAAGCUUCAGCCUGGUCUUCCUGUGCUGGCACUCCAUGGCAAGCAGCAUCAGAUGAAGAGAAUGGAAGUCUACACUUGUUUUGUUCGGAAAAAGGCAGCAGUACUUUUUGCUACAGAUAUUGCAGCUCGUGGCCUGGAUUUUCCAGCAGUGAACUGGGUCAUCCAGUUUGAUUGUCCAGAAGAUGCAAACACAUACAUCCACAGGGUGGGAAGAACAGCCAG